CUUACUCUUUCAUACACAUAUAAGUUUCCAUCGGCAUGAGCAACGACAAAAGUGCCUUCACUUUCAGGAACCCAUGCGAUGUUGGUGCAUCGACUUGUUGAAAAGCAAAUACGUAGUUCUCAUAGUGGCAGUCUGAAUUUACAACUGGUGCAUGAUUCUUUAUUGUCACUGAAACUCAUGUUUAGGACUUUUUUCUUGAACAAAGCGACUGCGCAACAAUUGGCUAUGUGUGUUUCACCAGUUUUACCAAAACCUGCUUUGCUUAAGGCUCACCGUACAGGUCCUCUGUGGACUGUUUUGCAAAUAGUACAGAGUGCUUUACCUGCAUUUUUUGACUGCUUUGGGGAGAGGCAUUUGAUCAGUAAAAGUGAAAUGGUGAGGAUUGAUUUCAAUAGAGAUUUACUGCAGUCAUCAUUCACAGAGAUUGUUACUUCUGUUCUUGACAAGAAGGGAACAGAAGAGGCGAUUGAGUUCUUUAAUAUGUUGCAGCCAUUGCUGAUGGAGAUUCUCUUUUUAGAAGGAUAUAGUGUUGGCUUGAAUGAUUUUGACAUUCCCAAGGCUGUUACUGAAGAUAUAAAGAAGAAGAUUCAGGACAUAUCACCUUUGCUGCUUCACUUGAGAUCAAAUUACAAUGAACUUGUAGAGUUGCAAGUGGAAAGCUACCUGAAAACUGUAAAACUGCCUAUCAUGACUCGUAUUCUAAAGUUAUCUGCUUUGGGUAAUUUGAUAGAUUCUAAAAAUGAUUCAGCUAUCAGUAAGGUUGUUCAACAACUUGGCUUUUUGGGGCUUCAACUUUUUGACCGAGGGAAGUUUUAUUCAAGGCGUUUGGUUGAAGAUAUGAGUUUCCACUUCCAAAAUAAGUAUUCUGUUAAUGGUGUUGACUAUCCUUCUGAGGCAUUUGGGUUAGUUAAGAGCUCCUUUUUGCAAGGUCUGAUCCCCUAUGAAGAGUUGGUCUAUUCCAUAUCAUCCAGGGAAGUGUUGAUCCGUUCUUCCAGAGGACUUACUGAACCAAGAACUUUGUUUAAAAAUCUAAUGGUCACACUUAGAGAUGUCGUUAUCUGUUAUGAUGGGACAGUGAGAAACCUCUGCAGCAAUUCUAUAAUUCAAUUUGAGUAUGGACAGGUGGACGAAAAUAGUCCUGGAAGUUCUCUUGCUGGUGAACCGGUUGGUGUAUUAGCUGCUACUGCAGUAUCAAAUCCUGCAUAUAAAGCAGUUCUUGAUUCUUCUCAAAGCAACAACUCUUCAUGGGAAUCGAUGAAGGAAAUACUUUUGUGCAAAGUUAACUUCAAGAAUGAUAUUAUUGAUCGGAGAGUUAUUCUAUAUUUGAAUGAGUGCUUCUGCGGGAAAAUGCAUUGCAAGGAGAAUGCAGCAUAUUUAGUUCAGAAUCGUUUGAAAAAAGUCACUUUAAAGGAUGUUGCUUUUGACUUCUCCAUUGAAUACCAAAGGCAUCGACAAAUACCUGUGAUGCAGUUAAUUGACACGAGGAGAUCUACACCAUAUGGUGUUCAACAAAUUCAAAAACUGCUCGGAAUUUCAUGUGCUUUUGGUCAGUCAGUUCAGCGACUGUCAACAUCUAUAAAAAUGGUUGCAAAAGGCAUGCUAAAAGAACAUCUGAUGCUUGUGGCAAAUAUAGAAAUGAACAUAACAUUCUGA